AGGGGGAAAAAAAAAUAAGGAGAUCGGUAGAUUGAGUGGCUAGGGAGGUCGGAGGUACGUGGCUGCAGAAGUCGGGCGGACCCGGAACCCGGAGAAGUCGAGACCAUGACUUAUGCUUAUCUCUUCAAGUACAUCAUCAUCGGGGACACAGGUGUGGGGAAGUCAUGUCUCCUCCUGCAGUUUACAGACAAACGGUUCCAACCCGUCCACGACCUCACAAUAGGUGUGGAGUUUGGAGCUCGUAUGGUCAACAUCGAUGGAAAACAAAUCAAACUGCAAAUCUGGGAUACGGCUGGGCAAGAAUCCUUCCGUUCUAUCACCCGUUCCUACUACAGGGGAGCAGCUGGAGCACUGCUGGUGUACGACAUUACAAGGCGUGAAACCUUCAACCACCUGACCUCAUGGUUAGAGGAUGCCCGGCAGCACUCUAGUUCCAACAUGGUUAUCAUGCUGAUUGGGAAUAAGAGUGACCUAGAAUCCCGCAGAGAUGUAAAGAGAGAAGAAGGAGAAGCCUUUGCUCGGGAGCAUGGACUUAUAUUCAUGGAAACAUCUGCUAAAACAGCCUGCAAUGUUGAAGAGGCCUUCAUUAACACAGCCAAAGAAAUAUAUAGGAAGAUCCAACAGGGUUUAUUUGAUGUCCACAACGAGGCAAAUGGUAUCAAGAUUGGGCCCCAACAGUCAAUUUCAACAUCAGUGGGACCCAACGCCUGCCAACGGAACACUCGUGACAUAGGGUCCAACUCUGGCUGCUGCUGAAUAUCUGGCCUGAACUCUUUUUCCUUCCUGGAACAGCUUCAGAUCAAUAGGCUUAAUGAAAGAGGUCUUACUUGCUUUGGCUGAGAGCAACCUCUUUUCGAGAUGUGAUGUUUUGCCUUUCUGCUUAAAGACCAGGGGAAAAUUUGAGCCCUUACUGACCUGUCCUUUUUCAGGGACGUGAGCAUUCCCUAUAGAUUAGGGCUCUUUUCAUCCUAUUUUAAUUUCUAAAAUGUUAGGAUCAAAGUUGAUUGUCAUAGUAGCUUAAAAAUAAAUAAAUAAUUGCAUAAGCAUAUACAAUCUCCCCACCAAGAAUUAGGGUCAAGGACAUUCUGCUUGGACAAGUGUGACUGCCAGGAUCUGGCUGGCCUUUGGGUGAUAGAUCUCUGUCUAGGAAUUUUAUUGAGUUUUUUUCUUCCUUGCCUUUGGGGGUCUACUUUGCACUUUGUAAGAAUCCUUGCAGAAGGCAGUUCCUUCUGUUUGCUCAAGGAGCUAAGUACUUCUCUACUAUCCUAUUGUUAGUUUCAGUCUCUUAGAAUAACCACAAAACUUUUGAGAGUAGGGGAGUUGAUCCUGGACCUGUGACCACUUCUCAUUUCCUAAAGAGAACAUUUGUUCCCUGUUCAUUUUGUUUUAGGGACCAGAUCUAACAUUGUAGUGUCUUUCACCAGAUAGACUUCUACUGUUUUCAUCAUACUCCUUAACCAGACCUGGUUAAACUUUGUAUUCUAAUUAAGGUAAUCUGCUUAUUGAACAUGGCAUAUUUAUUCCUACUUUCAUACCUGUGCACAUGCCCUACUCUCCACUAACAUUAUACUUAAAAGUCCAAAAACUUUUUCUUUUGGAAGCCUUCAGAAACUGACCUAGAGAUUUCUAAGCAGUUAUUGACAUAGUACCCCUUAACUUUCAUAUGUUAGUUAUUCAUAUAUAUAUUUAUCUGUAUAUUUACUUGUAUGUAUGUUACUUUGUUAAUAUGUCUUGUAGUUGUUGUAUGUGCGGAAUCUAUCCCCCCCAUAUAGGUUGUAAGUCUUGAAAGCACGAUCCAUGUCAUUCCUUUAUUUUUAUAAACCACUCCUCCCUACCAUUCUUUCACAGUGCCUAGUGCUACUUGUGUGAUCUUUGAAUUUGACUGACAUACUUACAAACUUAAAAGGUUUCUUUUAGACUUUGAGUCAUUUCUUUGUAGUUCUGUCUCUUCCAUCUAUUGAACCUGGGUUCUAUAUUGCUCUUUUCCCUCCUUGCCUACCUUUCCCUGGCUCUUUGCUUUCAUUCUAUGCGGCAUACAGUAAGGCUGCCUGCUACCAGGCAGUCAAACAAGUGGGUACUUCUCCAGCCAUUUCAGAGCAUAUAAUACUGUCCUAACCAAAUUUGCCUUUGCUUCACACAUCAUGCAGCUUUCUGGGUCAGUUGCUAUAUCUUUUUUCCUGAUGUCCCAUUCUCUUCCAUCGUACUGAAGUCUCAUACACUUUUCUAAUUUUUUGUUGUUGUUGAUAAAUUGUUUCAAUAUUAAAUAUAUGCAUGUAUCCAA